GAGAUCAUCCUAUUCGUGCAACUGGCUUGUUCCCGUCAAUAAUGAACUGCCGUUGUCCGUGGGGUAUGCGUGACAGUAGACACAAACGACUUCGCUCUCCAACAGCUGCCUCAUCCCAAUGCAGAUCGAUCGAGUGUCCAGCGUAUAUAUAAGUCGGCAGCGUCACCCUUCAUCCUAGGUUUCUUUCUAGAUCCUCAUCACAAGACUGGUUCUUACAUCCUUCUGCGACUACUGCACAUUCAAAAACUCCUAGACAGGCUCCAUUCCCUUCCAAGCAAACAAGCAAGAUGAAAUCUUUCGCCCUCGCUGCCCUGGUCGGCCUCGCCGUCGCCUCACCCACGCCCACCGUCGACAAGUCCGACAAGCGCACCAUCCAGAAACGCGCCUCCAUCACCGAAGCCGCCAACAUUGGCUUCGCCUCCUCCAACGGGGGCACGACCGGCGGCGCAGGCGGCACCACCACCACCGUCACCGACUACGCCUCCUUCUCCGAGGCCGCGUCCGCCGACGGACCCGCCGUCAUCGUCGUCCAGGGCGACCUCACCGGCCCCGGCCGCAUCCGCCCCAGCUCCGACAAGACCAUUGUCGGUGCCUCGGGCGGCGCCUCCCUCACCGGCAUCGGCUUCUACGUCCGUCGCGUGAGCAACGUCAUCAUCCGCAACCUGGCCAUUGCCAAGGUCGACGCCGACGACGGCGACGCCAUUGGCAUCGACGGCAGCACCAACGUCUGGGUCGACCACGUCGACCUCUCCGGCGACCUCAACGUUGGCAAGGACGACUACGACGGUCUCUUUGACGUGACCCACGCCUCCGACUGGAUCACCCUCUCCAACUCCGUCCUCCACGACCACUGGAAGGCCUCCCUCGUCGGCCACUCCGACUCCAACGGCGACGAGGACACGGGCCACCUCACCGUCACCUACGCCAACAACCGCUGGUCCAACAUUAACUCGCGCGGGCCCUCGGUCCGCUUUGGUACCGUCCACGUCUACAACAACGCCUACGAGCACAUGAUUGACUCGGCAAUCAACACCCGUCUCGGCGCCCAGGUCCUCGUCGAGUCCACUACCUUUACCGACACGGACAAGCCCAUCAUCUUCCGCGACUCGGACGAGACCGGCUACGUCGUCGUCAACGACGUCGACCUGGGAGGCGCCUCCUACGACGUGGCCGAGGGCACCCUCUCCGGCAGUGACCUGCCCUACUCCUACCAGCUCGCUGGGAGCGGCAACCUCGAGUCUGUCCUCGCUGGAGCCGGUGCCACCCUCACCUGGGCGUAAGAAUUUUCGAGGAAUGAAAUAAGGCGAAGCGAUGGAGCUCUGGACAAUGGGGAGUCAGGACAACAUGCUUCCCGUCAUUCUGGGGACUUCAUUCAGGUACAUAGUUUCUGCCAGCGGCACGCGAG